CACAACUUUAAUAACACAAUUUUGAGGUUAUGAAUUCUAAUUUCCCUUGUUGACGUAUUGAUAAUUUUUUUAAAAACAUUUUUAAACUUAUGACGUUUAGUUAAUAUAUUUCAGUGAAAAUAAUUGUUGAAUUAAGCAAGUGAUUUGUUGUCUAAUUUUAUGUUGUGUAUUAUUUUUUACAAGCCACAAAAGGCUGUCACAUCAUAAUGAGUAAAAUGUAUUCGACUGCAAAUCUCUCAGACAAGGAGCUCAAGGAACAAGGAAAUCGGCUGUUUAGUCUACAUAAAUUCGAGGAUGCUGCCAACUGUUACUCCAAGGCAAUUAUUAAAAAUCCGAGCCAGGCGCUGUACUUCACGAAUCGAGCUUUAUGUCAUCUAAAACUGAAGCGAUGGGAGUCAUCCUGUCAGGAUUGCAGACGUGCCCUGGACAUCGAUCCCUGUUUGGUGAAAGGUCAUUUUUUUCUAGGACUAGCUCUCUUGGAAUUGGAACUCUAUGACGAGGCAAUCAAACAUUUACAAAGAGCGGUGGACCUGGCAAAAGAGCAGAAGCUAAACUUUGGGGAUGAUAUGACAUGUGUCCUGCGACAAGCACGUAAACGUCGAUUUCAGCUCAAAGAAGAACAACGAAUUGCACAGGAUAUUGAACUUCAAACAUACCUGAAUCAAUUAAUUAUCGAAGACGCGCAACGGAAUCUCACAGUUUUAAAAGACAAAGAAGAAACGGAAAGUAAAUCUGAUGCCGAAUUAGCCCAAUGUCGUGAAGAAAUCGAGGAAAAACGUGAUACUUGUAUUACACGAUUAAACGAUCUCUUUUCAAAAGUUGAUGAAAGACGACGAAAACGAGAUGUACCAGAUUAUUUGUGUGGCAAAAUUAGUUUUGAAAUUCUCCAAGAGCCAGUGAUUACACCUAGUGGAAUAACCUAUGAACGUAAAGAUAUUGAAGAACAUCUUCAAAGGGUGGGACAUUUUGAUCCUGUAACACGUGUUCGUCUAACACAAGAUCAAUUAAUUCCCAAUUUGGCAAUGAAAGACGUUGUUGAUUCAUUUCUACAAGAAAAUGAAUGGGCACUCGACUAUUAAUUUUGCCCUCAAUUUGUAAGUUCAGUCAUCAUGACACAAUAACACUGUCGUAUAUUAUACAAAAAAAAAUAAUAGAAUUAGUUUCGGUAAUUUUUUUACACACCGGAAUAUUAAUUUCUAUUGUUAAAUUCUAAUACAUACACGUGUAUAAAUUAUAAGCUUAAAAUAUAAUUUUAAUCUUGUUAAAACGCACCAAUUAUACUGCAGCCAAUUUUCAAAUCUUUUGAGGUUUUUUUUUUUUAAGAAAAAAAAACUUAAUAGUCUCGUCUUGUCCAUAGCUUUUAAAGUUAAGAGAACGCGCAGUGCCUGUGUAUAUUUGAUUUUUCACAAAAUGGGAAAGUAAUAAUAUAUAUUUUAAAAUCAGAGAAACUUACUUUGAGUUUGAUAUAUUUAAUCUAAAUGUAUAGCGCAAAGACAGUAGUUUAGAUACAAACGUGCCGUUAAUUUUUUGUCUACAAAUAUUUUGUAAUAAAUUAGGUUUUUUGAA